CACCCACCUCCUGGUGGUCGCCCGUCCCAUUGGCGCAUCUCGCCCCCGUUCGGCGGCGGCGGCGGCGUAGAUCCGGCGUGGCGUUGCGCCCCCGUUCCUCGCCCCUCGUCGCUCCGCAGCGCCCGCGCUCCCCAAGGCCGCAGCACGCGAGCGGCGCGGCCUUCGUUGGUUAUUGAAGAAACAACACUCCGCCGUUCUGAAGAAAUGAGUGCGUGUAAGAAGGCCAGGGCGGAAGCUACAUAUGUUGUGAGUUCAGACAGACUUAGCAGUCUACCUCCAGAGUUAAAGGGCGACAUCCUUUCCCGUCUGAAUGUCGAAGAAGCGGUUAAGACUAGCACCUUAUCAAGUAUUUGGAGGGAUGCAUGGACUAAUAUGCCAAAAAUAUUUCUGCGCGAUGGAAAUUUUGCAAGAACCAAGUUCGUCACAUUAGUUGAUAUGGUGCUAUCACUCCACAACGGAACUGUAGAUAUGUUUGACAUUUCAGGUAGCAAAACUUACCAUGAUGAGUUCGGUAGGUGGAUGCGCAUGCUUUCUAGGAGAUCACCAAGAUCAGUUACAAUCAGGUUGAACUCAGGGCCAGGGUAUAGGAUUCCUUCAUGUCUAUUUUCUAUCAGCGAUUUGAGGGUUCUGCACCUGCAAAACUGCGUCAUCAGCUUGCCCCGGGUAUUCCAAGGUUUCAAGAGAUUAACUCACCUGGACAUGAAAAAUUUCUCCUCCACAGACAUGGACAUCCAAAAUCUGGUCUCCUUCUGCCCCGUACUGAGUUGUUUGAAACUAGCUUCUUUUGAGGGCAUCAACUAUCUAAACGUUCAAGCUCCUAAACUGAAACGUCUUCAUGUUUUUGGGGACUUUGAAGACAUUAAUUUAGAUGCCCCUAAUUUGGAGGUGGCCAUUCUCUCUCUUGCUCAUGAAGCUAAAGCACAUCAAUCUGUUCCAAUUGCGCAUGACAUGGAAAGCCAUGUCAAGAAGUCAUUGGGAGACCUAAGUGGCAUCAAAACACUUGGAAUUAGUGGCAUUUUCAUGAAGUAUAUAUCAAAAUGGUGCAUACUUACAAAGUUCCCUGCCGUAUUUCAUCGCCUCGAGCAUAUUUAUCUUGUGAUAUGCUUUUGGGACCAGAGGCAAGUCUUGGCCACUUGUUCGCUGUUUCAGAAUGCCCCUAACUUAAAGAAGCUUGACAUGUGGGAUCACUCUUCGAGCACAUUGGAUCAGGAUCAGGCGAGCAUUCAAGAGCUUACCAUGCAAGUGCAACUGGAUCAUCUCGUAACAGUCAGUGUGAAAGAUUUCAGGGGCCUGGACUGCGAAGUCAAUUUCCUGGCAAAGCUACUGAGUUGGGCGCCGGCUCUGGAAGAAGUGAAGAUAGAAUGGACGGGCAAAACAGAGUGCAGCAUGGUUCUUGCCAAGCUAUUAGCUCUGCCAAGGGUGUCUCCCAGGGCCAAGGUCAUUGUUACUUUUUUAUAAGCAUGCAUCCCUGCAGUCUACAGAGCAUCCCCCAUCACUUUGCCGGUUUAAUUUGCAGCCAAGUAGAACUAUUUCAGCUUUUUUUAUGCCAAGACUAGAUGGUGGUUAUAUAUGUGUGCAUUUGACACAAUUCAUCAGGCAGAGGGAGUACUUAAUGUGCUACUAUUAGCAAAUGUUUUCCUUUCUUGAGCCGGAGACACACAAGCCGCUGCUGCCCUUCCUCAACUGUGCCAGUUCAGCUAGUCCUUUUUUGUCCCUUUGUUCUGCGUAUCGUAAAUUCCUGCUUAUAGCAAAUGAGACAAAUAUAUCUUUCCAA